AAACCCUGGCCCGCAAGAUCGCAGCACCCCCGGCAGCCUCCUUGGUUUGCGACCCCUGGCUUGGUCUUUGCUCCUGCGCAGGAUGCGGCUGCUGAUGGCGCUCGUGGCCCUCGUCGGGUACCGGUCCUUGGCCCGCGCAGCAGAGCCACACUGGUGCUACAAGACUCAAGCCAAGGUCUCCGAACACUGCCCGGGGCCAGACCAGUGGGGUGGAGACUGCCAGAGGACCCGCCAGUCCCCCAUCAACAUCGUCACCACCAAGGCACAGGUGAACAAAGCCCUGGGACCCUUCUCCUUCUCCGGCUAUGACAAGAAGCAAAAGUGGACCGUCCAAAACAGUGGGCACUCAGUGAUGGUGUUGCUGGGGAACGAGGCCACAAUCACUGGAGGAGGCCUGCCCACCCGGUACCGGGCCAAGCAGCUGCACCUGCACUGGUCCAGGGCGCUGAAUGCGGGCUCGGAGCACAGCCUGGACGGGGAGCGCUUUGCCAUGGAGAUGCACAUAGUACACGAGAAAGAGAACCCGAAAGAGGCCCAGGACCCCGAAGACCAGAUUGCAGUGCUGGCCUUCCUGGUGGAGGCUGGAUCCAAGAACGAGGGCUUCCAGCCCCUGGUGGAGGUGCUGUCUGCUAUUCCCAAGCCCAUGAUGAACACCACAAUGAAAAAGGGCAUCAGCCUGUUAGACCUGCUCCCUGAGGAGGAGAAACGGACCCGCUACUUCCGCUACCUGGGCUCGCUCACCACGCCAAACUGUGACGAGAAGGUCGUCUGGACCGUGUUUGAAGACCCCAUUCAGCUCCACGAGGACCAGAUCUUCGAGUUCUCCGACAGGCUGUACUACGACAGUGAGCAGAAGCUGAGCAUGACAGACAACGUCAGGCCCCUACAGCACCGGGGCCAGCGCCUGGUGUUCAAGUCCCAGGCCCCGGGCCGGCUGCUGCCUUUGCCACUGCUCGCUCUGUUGGCGCCCACGCUCAGCUGCCUGGUGGCUGGCUUCCUCCGCUGAUGGCUCACGGCUGGACACUUGACCUCUGACCUCAGCCCCGAGACAGUCGGGCCUCCCUUCCUCAGGAGUCCCCGGUUGGACUUUGAUGAUGAGGAAAAGAUGGAUAUAUUUUUGGAGAGACCUUUCUCGCAUCUGUUUUUAGUCCCCACGACUACCCCUGCCUCUUUCCCCCAACUUAUCCCAGUUCAGGGUAGGGGCUUUGGGGCUGGAGGUUCUUUGGAACAGGGACUGCAAGUUGCCCGCCCCCACCUUGGUGAGCUCCCUGUCCACACCCCACUGGGAGAGCCGCAGAAGGCACCUUGGAGCUCCGGCGCAGCGACAGGAGAGGCCGGGCGGAGGCCAACAGACCGGCUGCGGCGAGUGGACUGAGACACCGGCCGGCGCUUCCUCCUCUGUGCUGGGGCUGGAGAGUGUGGGUGGGUGUGGGUACAGCCUAGCAAGGUGGUGACAAGUUCAUUUAUUUGCUGAAAUAUAUUUUGAGUGUCUAUGUUCUAGACACGGGCUGUGACAAAAAUGCCUGCCCUCCUGAAUUCACAGUCUAGUAGGGAGACAUUAUAAAUAAAAUAGACACAUUGUA